UCAAUCCAUCCAAGGGAACGAAAAAUCGAUUGCUCUCUAUUAGGAUUUGAUUUUUUUCCCCAGAACUAAUGACUCUUUCACAAAGUUCCGUUGCUGAAUGCAAAGAUGGCGCAGUGAUGUCUAAAGUGUAUCGCUCCUGUGGGAUCCCACUGGAAAAUGAUGCAUUCGGAGUUGGCAUUUAUCGAGCGACACGGUGUCACCUUGUACGGUACAUGAGAAAAAAAUAUUCCUCCCUUUCUUCACCGCUGUAACCGGAGACAAUGGCGUUUCUAGGCAACCUGAAUGGCGUCUCCGCCUGAAGCUCACAUAAUAAAUUCAAAAUUAACAAUCUCCAACAUUGGUCGCCAUAUCCCGCAAGCUAUUGAGUAAAUAAUUAAUGACAUCAGCAUUUGAUUGUGUUCCCUGGUGUGUUUCAUUUGUUUUCAAAAGUACUGCAUUUUCAAAAACUUUUUUUUUUAAAUCGGCGCAAUUUGAAAAGGUUUAACCGCAAGACAAACUUUAUGGAAGUGGAUAUGUUUAUUGAAAUGUGAAGGCUGUGUACUGUGUGCUGUUGUCCUUGCUGUUCAGUAGAGGGUGACAGUAUUAAGAAAUACGACAAAAGGGAUCUUUAACAAAUUUUCUUUUCAAAAGAAGAGUUAUGUGUCCGAACAUUUAAACGUAGUUUGAAUGUAAAAAAAAAUCAACACAACGUUAUCUGAAUGGUCACCGCCAUGAAAAAUUUCCUUAAGUUUAAGACGGGGGAAAGUCCUGACGUCCGGAAGUUUGGGGAGGAGUACUACCUGAGAGAGGCCAAGAUAUGGCGACCCUUCCGGAUCUGUGGUGUUUUCUCUAUCGCCAUAGCCCUUCCUCUAGUCCUAGCCUCCAUACUGAACGACAACUGGGUGUACGGAGAGGGUUUCCGUAACGGAAUGUGGAACAAGUGCUUUCAAAUGACCAACGCCAGUGUGAGCCCGAUUUGCAUAGACAGCACGGUCCAACGUUGGCAGAAUGCCGUGAUCGGUUUGAUGAUUUUCUCAGCUUCCUUCGGAUUUAUCGCUUCCAUUUUAGCCGUUUGUGGAGUUUGUACAUCACCACUGCCCAAAAAGAUUUAUUACUUCCAUUCAUCGGGAGAAAUAUUUUUAGUCUGUGCGAUAAGUACAGGUGCCGCCUUAAUCAUUUACCCGGUUGCCAUGGAAUCCAACGAUUCGUCCUCAUCUCACCAGUACGGCCCGGGUUACGGGCUAGGUUGGGGGAGUGCCUUCUUCUUUUUAGCCGCCGCUUUUUGUAUGAGUCUGGAUGACCUAGUUAGAGAGUCCUUACCCUACGUCAUUCUCCUACUCUUUACCCCAUGUCUCGCUGACAACUCGGCGACAGUUCCAAUGACGAAGACCCAUGCCUGGAGUGGUAAUUUCGAGGGACAUUUCAUUCUACCCAUCACACAUGGAGAUUUGAUUGGAUGGGAGGCCAUUAUCACCUUCAAUAUCCCUGUUACAAAUAUCCAGCAAUAUGUUGGUACGGUAAAGAGAACAAGUUCAGACAACAAAAUCAUUCUCCUGGUAAACAGACCAGACAAAGGAAUAGUGAAACAGGGAAAUUCGCUGGAUAUUCAGAUCGGUGGACGUUACACCGGAAGUACACAACCGACAGCGACAGCCGACAUUGUAGAUCUAUCGUUCGAUUCACAAGUUGUUCCAACUGUUGUAGAUGCUGAUGCAACAAAAUACAAUUAUGAUGAGGUUCUUAUGAAGUCUAUUAUGUUCUACGAGGCCCAAAGAUCGGGUAAACUUCCGGCAAAUAACCGAAUUCCAUGGCGUGGUGACUCCGCCCUCCAUGAUCAGGGGGACAACGGGGAGGAUCUAACAGGAGGGUGGUAUGAUGCUGGUGACCACGUCAAAUUUGGAUUUCCAAUGGCUGCUUCAACAACUCUCCUAGCUUGGGGUUUACUGGAAUACAAGGAUGCUUAUGAGAAAAGUGGACAGUUGGAAUACAUGUAUGACUGCAUCAGGUGGCCACUGGAGUGGAUGCUCAAAUGUCAUACAGGACCGAAUGAAUUAUAUGUUCAGGUAGGGGAUGGAGGGCAGGAUCACGGUUUUUGGGGCAGACCGGAAGACAUGACCAUGUCAAGACCAGCAUUUAAAAUCACGGCCAGCAGACCCGGAAGUGACAUCGCUGCAGAAUACGCAGCCGCGUUUGCUGUGUCUUACCUGGUCUUCAAAGAAAAGGACCCAGCAUUUGCUACUAAGAUGCUGACUCAUGCUAAACAGUUAUAUGACUUUGCGGUUCACCACAAAGCCAGAUACAGCGACAGCGUAAACCAAGCAGCCGCUUAUUAUAGAUCAGAUAAAUAUGAAGAUGAGUUAACUUGGGGUGCUGCCUGGUUGUAUAGAGUUACAAAUGACACUAAGUACCUUAACUGGGCAGAACAGUUUUAUAUCACAGGACCGGAUUGGGGACAGUCCUGGGACGACAAAUACUCCGGAAAUAUGAUCCUUCUCUAUAAUAUGACUGGAAAAGACAUUUACAAGAAUGAUAUAGAGGCAACAUUUAACGAUUGGAUGCCGGGCGGAAGUAUUCCGUACAGUCCUAAGGGAAUGGCCUUCCGGUCCCAAUGGGGCGCACUCAGAUACACUUCAAACAUGGCUUUCAUGGCCCUGUUGGCUGCGGAUGUUGGAAUUCACCCCGAUGAAUACCGUCAUUGGGCGAGGACACAGAUAGGGUAUGCCCUCGGGGACAGUGGUCGGAGUUUUGUUGUUGGGUUUGGAACUAACCCUCCUAAAAGACCACAUCAUAGGUCUAGUUCCUGUCCGAGUCGUCCAUCUCCAUGUUCUUUCGCUGACCAACAGCAGCCUGGUCCUAAUCCCCACACUUUAUAUGGGGCCCUGGUGGGCGGGCCUAACGGUAACGACCAGUAUACAGACGACAGAAAAGAUUACGUUAGUAAUGAAGUGGCGUGUGAUUACAAUGCAGGUUUCCAGAGCGCUGUAGCAGGACUGAAGCACCUUAAGCUAUAGAUUUUUAAUAUGUAUAAAUGCACAUUAGAC